UUCUUCUGCAUUCAAAUCAUUAAUUUCUAUUUUGAUUACAACCUUUCAAUGAUUUUUAAAACCUUUUAAUGCCAAAUAAUCUUAAAAAGAAAUUAAAAAAAUAUGGCUUCUGUUUAUGUUUUGAAAUCAACCCUCUCUCCAAUUUCAUCUCCACAUGCAAAUUUUACAAGGAAUUCUAAUUUUAAGAAGAAAACAAUUUUCAAAUUGAAAAAAGUUAGCUCUAGAAGUUAUUUAAACAAGCAAAAGUUUAGUGUUUGCUGUUCUGUACAAGAUGGGGAUAGUCAAACUAAUGGUGAGGAAGCACCAGAAUCAUUGUUUAUGAAGGAAUUGAAGAGGAGAGGAAUGUCACCAACAUCAUUACUUGAGGAAUCUGAUAGGGGUGGUGGUUAUGGAUUAGAAGAUAAAAUUAAGAUGGGAGAAGAAGAAGAGGAUUUAGGUUUUUUUAAAAGAAAAGCGGUUUCAACUGGAUUCGAUAAAAGUCUUUCUAAUCAAAGAGAUAUAUCCAUGGCACUGAAUAGUGAAGGAUUAGAGGGUUUAAUUCCUCGUGCUAAGCUUUUGUUGACCAUUGGAGGAACUUUCUUCUUGGGAUUUUGGCCAUUGAUUCUCGUCACUGUGGGGUUAUUUUACGCCCUCUACUUUUUUUUUGGAUCAAGUUUCGUUCAUGACGGAAACAACGUGCCUGUCUUGCCUCCACCUUAUAUCGAUCCAUAUGAACUUCUGGAAGAUGAAAGGAUAUCUCAAAUAGCACCUAGUUUAAAAUGAAGGAAGAAAUAUUUCUUCCAACUUUAGUUUGUUUUAUAAAAUUCCACAAAGUUCUGUAAUUUGUAACUUCUUGUUAAUUCUUUCUCUAUGUAAAUACUUAUAGCUCUAUAAAAACUUCUCUGAACAUCUUAAUAGC